GUCGGGCUGAGAGGCAGGGAGGAGCUCGAGCCAAGGAGGCGGCGGCUGUUGCUGCUCCUCCGCCUGCGCUGCCUCCGCCCCUCCAUGGAGUUUUAUAACUUGCCGGGUUUCCGCGUCCUGUGACUCCGGUCAGGUGGUUCCCUCGCUCUCCACAGUCGCCUGCGGGAGGACGCGCCUUCCCACCAGAAAAGAAGGAGUUGAACAAAGAAAGUUUGCCGAGCGGCCGCAGCAAAGCUCUGGGAACCUUUCCCUUCUCGCCCGGCUCCCCCUGAGUGUUGCUGGCGGCUGGGGAGCUCCCGGGCGAAGGCGGGCAGGCGGGCGAGGGGCGCGAGAAUGGCGGGGGGAGGCGAGAGAGGCGGCGGCGGCGGCGCUGGGCUGCCGGAGAGCCGGGAGCAUCUGUUCAAGGUGCUGGUUAUCGGCGAGCUGGGCGUGGGCAAGACGAGCAUCAUCAAGCGCUACGUGCACCAGCUCUUCUCGCAGCACUACCGGGCCACCAUCGGCGUGGACUUCGCCCUGAAAGUGCUCAACUGGGAUAGCAGGACCCUGGUGAGGCUGCAGCUGUGGGACAUCGCAGGUCAAGAACGUUUUGGCAACAUGACCAGAGUGUACUAUAAAGAAGCUGUCGGUGCUUUUGUAGUAUUUGAUGUCACAAGAGGCUCAACAUUUGAGGCAGUUUCCAAGUGGAAACAUGACUUGGACAGCAAAGUGCUUCUCCCAAACGGCAGCCCAAUCCCUGCAGUUCUAAUUGCCAACAAAUGUGACCAAAAGAAAGACAGUGGCCAAAAUCCUUCUCAGAUGGACCAGUUCUGCAAAGAAGGAGGUUUUGCUGGGUGGUUUGAAACCUCUGCAAAGGAUAAUAUCAACAUAGAUGAAGCUGCUCGGUUCUUGGUAGAAAACAUCCUUGCAAAUCUCAAAACCUUUCCUAGUGAAGAGAAUGAUGUCGGGAGACUAAAACUGGAACCGGGUCCUCUGACAGCAGAAAGCAAACCUCAGUGCUGUUAGUUACAUCCAAUCUUGCAGUGACACACUAUGUCAGAGCAGCGAGAUUCCUGCUCCUCAUGUUGGACUGCUGCUAUGGUGCUUCAUCACGACAAUCCUAAUGAGGAAUUGUGUUUUGUAGAGUUGAUCACACUCCAGGCGUUUACACACUUUUCCCCCUUGUUGGGUAGGACUUCAAAUUGCCUUCUACACUAUAUCAUUGUCUGGUUGUGAACCAUUUAGCACAGUUGAAAGCUGCCUCCAAUACGAAAAGGCAGUAUUUAUCCUACAAGUCAAGGGUCAGUAUGAGUGACUCAAUUCCAAUAUUUAUCUUUCACAGUGCAAUUUCAGAACUAGAAUAGGAACAUCUGUCUAUGAGUGAAAUUGUUCAUUUUGAUAAAUGCUAUUAUCGUUUGCUUAUAUCCCCUUUAAUGCAUACAAAAUCCUGUAGCUGCCUCCUUUUGCUUUUCUCAUAAUGUCUCCUCCAUUCAUCUUGAGCACCAGGGCCACCAAGCCUUUAGGGACACUUGGCACCCAAGAACACUUCAUUUCUGAAUAGCACAAGACAGAUAUUAAGCAAUGGUAAUCUUAAACUCUAUUGCUUGGAAAGUCAGGAUAGGAAGAUUAUGCUGUUUGAAAGGGAGUGAUAAGGAUAAGUCAGUGCUGUCCCAUCUGACCAAUGAGUAACAGUCCAUUUCUGACUCAGAUAAUGGAAACAAACAUUCCAGUACACUUGCAUACAUUGCAUCUGUGCACAAUUAAACUUUUAAGGAAAAUCUCCCUUCUUGCACAAGCACAAUUUCUGUAUGUUCUUAUGGUAUCUGAUGGGUUAAAAAUGAAUAAUGUGCCUGAUUAAACUGUCUCAAUCAUUUUUUAAAAUGAAAUCAGAUUGCAACACAGAACUGUCAACUUCGAUCUUUUAACUGAUAGGUGUACGCGUAGAGACCUCUUCUUAAUCAUGCUAUAUUUAUAGUACCUGUAUUUUUCCACUUUUACUGUUCUACACAAGGAGUCACACUUGAUUCAAGUCUUGCACAAGAACAAUUUGCAAAUGUGGAAUAUAUUAUUGGUUUUAUUACUAUUGCUAUCUGCUAAAGCUGUGUGUGCAAAAAUAAGAAGUCUGAAGUAUCUGUGCAAAAACUGCCUUUUUCUUAUGGUGUGUGUGAAAUGGGGUGACUUCUGUAAAAUAUUUAACGCAUUGCAUAUUACAAUCUUAAAACCUGUUAAUCCUGUUUUCUGCACCUUACAGCUAUAUAACAUAGCAUGCCAGCCACUAGACAUCUUGAAGUACUUUUGAAGUAUUUCUGAAGGCUUAAACUGGGUCACAAAUCUAUUUAUGUGACCAAAGAUGUUUUGAUAUGAUUUAAAUACCAGCCAAUAUUUUUAUGAUGUAAAUGCACAAGCCUAGAGUUUUUAGAAGGUAUGUUCAGGCACUUUGUCAAGAAUCCAAAGAGAGCAUCUCAUGUUCCUAGACUUCUGUUCUAGGCUUGCACUAAUUUUGUUUAAUUCCACAAAAGUCAAAGCCCCUUUUAAUCCCGAAUCCCCUAACCGUUGUGGUUUUCAUUUAGUUUUCUAAAAUAAAUAAAAACAUUUGGAAUAGAUUUUAAUACACAUCAAGUGCAAUCUCUAAAUAUGAGCUUGAGUAACUCAUUCUGUUUUUUAAAAAUCAAAAUACGCUUCCUAAUGGUAAAUGUAAUGGUAAAGCAUCCUAUAGUCACCUUCUGCACCCCAAACUUGCUGCAUUGGAUGUGGAGGGUGUGGGUAACUGUGUUUACAUUAACAGAUGUGUGCAAAUGAACAUGUUUAUAAAACCUCAUUGGAGAUGCGGUCUGCUAGCCUCCAGCACUUCGGAGUAGGGCAACAGACAAGAGACAUUCUUUGGGGGCUCGUUUUUGCCAGGCUUUCAGUGUUCUGCUUAACAUGGCAGUCCUUUGAGCAGAAGUAAUCUCUGCUUGUAAGGAAACAAUCUUAUGCACAGGUCAGCAAGAUGGAUAACAUCACACUACUUGUUGAUACUUGUCCAAUGCGAUAUCAAUUUACAAGAAGAAGAAGAAAAGGUUUUGUAUACUUACCGUGAGCUCAUGCUGUCCUUGAGAAAGCAUUGCACCACUUUUUCUUAAGAAGGAACUCUCACUUCUGCAGCUUUUUAAUUAAACAGUUUAGUUAAAUCUUAUCUUUCCAGUUACACGUUUUUGAAUAUUUCUUCCCAAAAUCUAAGGGAGAAGUUUACAUUUUAUUUUGACAGUGGGUGUUUAGAGCUCUGAUAUCAGCAAGCUGCUCUGAUCACUUACAGAAUUCUUAGAACAUUCAAAAGUGAAACUUCAUUGCAGCAUAUAAAAUAGGCCGAAUACAUAUCACAUGAUUUAUCCUAUGUAAUGGUAAAGCAUCCUGUAGCCACUAGAAAUGUACCAAAGGUGGGGAAAGAGACAUCUGCUAGCUUGGUGAUAGUAGCAAGGCAUUAAUUCAUGCUUACCAAAUAUUUAUUGGUGUGCCUAUUUAACUAUUCAAAGCACAUUACUGUUGAUAGGGGGGUCUUCCAUGGAUAUUGUAUUGUUCUAAAUGGGAGCAAAGCACUUGCAUAAUGGGGCAUGGUGGUGCAUUUUGGCAUAGGGGCCAUAGAGUACUCAGUGUUGCACCUCAGUCUAUCUGUAUAGUACAGAAUGUGGUAUUAGCUGUAGAACUUAGCUUAAUUUAA